AUGACUGACAAGAAUAAAUUUGCCAAUAUUCAACGGCUCAAUAGCACAAUCAUGGCCAAAUGUGAAUGGACGUCGUCGUUGAUUGGUAUGAGAAAGACAGGCGAAGAAAUACAUCAUCGUCGAACGAAGACACACCGGAAAGCGAAUGAAUUUCUGCAGGAACUUUUCAAUCAACGAAGUGAUGGAGAUACAUUCGAUGAUAAUGGUGUGACUGAUCGAUAUCACCGAUUUCUUCGAACGAAAUCGAAUUUAGGUGAUGACGGUUAUGUCUUAGACGAAUUCGAUCGACGCCUGCGAGCUUUGAAUAACAAUCGACUAUCGAGAAAUUUUAAGUCCACUGAUGAAGGACUGAAUGCCAUACAUACACAAGUCAAACAUAGCAUCGGAGAAGAAGAUUUCGACGACUAUAUGAAAAGCCGACGUUGGACGUUGUCUAAAUCAACAUUGGAUAACAAUGCAUUGUCCAGUAUGCCUUCUCAUACAAGUCAAAUGAAUGUUAGAUCCAAUGUUGCUGACCGUCAGUCUUCAUCAGACGAAUCAACCACAAUGACAUCUGGUCCCUUAUCAACAGUAGCAAAAACAGUACAUGAAUCAAUGCCACGACCGAUCGAUAGUAUUGAAAAGACCAAAGAACGCCAUAUAUCUUCAUUACAACGCGACGCAACCCAAGCAGACGUUCAACAAGAUGCUGGUCAGCAGAUGGGCGAUUCAACCGUACUUUCAUCACAACGUUCAUUGAUAAAACACCCUCAGAAACCCAAUAUUCAACGGUUAGAUAGUAGUGAAGAUGCCGAAGACUUUACUUCGUCUGUGCUCCACUCGGCAAUAGCUUCGGGACACGUUCAUCAAGAGUCGAACCAAAUGAGACCCUCGUCAUCGCAUCCUUCAAAUUUUCCAGGGGAAACAAACAGAAAUAAAGCUACACUUCAGCAUGAAAACAGUGCUGAAGAAACAUCGACACCAUCUUCAAGUCGGAGAACGUCGAUUACUAUGCAAAAAUCUGCUAUUCGUCAUGAUGUUGACGUUGAACACACUGAACACUCAACAAUAAAAAUCUCGGCGUGUUCUAACGAUGUGUCCGAUAAACACGUGCAUGCCAGUUCAGUACUUUCGGCAAAUCCAUCGCAUGAUUCUCAAACUCAUCAACUCAAUGCCAAUCAAUCUGUCAAAGAGCCUUCAACUUCAACAUCUUCUCUAAAACGUUCAAUCAGGAAACCUUCAAAUAUUCGGAAAGCUAACGACACUGGGCAUGUUCAAAAAUCACCGAAAAAUGUAUUACCGAAACCACAAGUUACACAACUAGAGACUAAACAUGAUAGUUCACAAACAUCUCAUGCAUCUUCCUCGGCUCUACCAGUAACACAAACUUUAUACAAACCAGUAGCUCGACGUGUUGAUGGAAGCGAAGCGAUAUCUACGACAGCAGUAGAUCCUUUAAAAAACGCGAGAUCAGUGGAUUCACUUUUUAAUCGACGGUUUUUUCCACGCUCAUUAGUAUCAAAUGAAUCAGCUAUUCAAAACUCGACUAGGCAAACACGUUCGUCAUCGCCACCGAUGAAACAGUAUGAUAAUGCCCAACUGUACAAUUUACUCGAUAGGAUAGAAAAUCAAUGCACUCCUGUUGACUUCACUCUCAUGCUUGAUCGGUUACCUCUAUCUUUUGGCCAGGCAGCUGAACAAGGCCACAAUGGAUCUGCAGAAAAUGACAAUCGCGACACUUAUGAUAGCGAUGAUGACGAUGAGAUAAGUAUGAAUGGAGAUAACAUUGCUACUCUCCCGGACCUAUUCGAUGAAUCCUCAGCGUCAUCUCAAGAUUACUAUACAACAUUUGUUGUGAAUAUAGAUAAUCCAAAGAAUAUUUCUUUAUAUAAAAUGACAAUUAGCUCAGUGCAAUUGAGUCUAUCUCGUACAGUUCCGUAUUCGAUUCUCGUCGGUCGUCGUCCGUUACUGGAACGGUCAAAAGAGACAAAUUUCAAACGAUUCCGAUCCAGACAACACAGACAUACAUAUCAAGUGAUAGCUAUUGAAUCUUCUACGGGUACAGACUGCAUUCAAACUAAUGAUAUUAUCUUGAAGAUUAACGAACAAUCUAUUUGGAAUUUCAACAUCGACUCAGUUAAGAACACUUUAAGACAAUCAAAUACUUGUUCAUUAACAAUCGCUCGACUUUGCCAGCCGUUUAUUUGA